CAUGGGCCCCAAUCUCGGGCUAAAUACUUAUCAACCAGCCAAAAAUGGCAGGUCGUUCUUGUACCUUAGUGGUCGAGUGACGAGACUAGAGGAGAUACUCCGAUACACCGACACACCGAGAGACACACGCCCUGUCCAUGACAAGUCCGCUCCGUCUCCACAUACGUACACUUAUCCCCUCACCUUCCCGGUAGUUAUUAAGUCGACCGGCAGGACUGCAACCGGCAUCUCACACCUGAUCACUUACAUUCAACCAUAUCGAUCACCCUCCACCAACACACGAGACCUUCAAGGUAUCACAUCAUGGCCAGACUCACCGACUACCGCCUCCUCACCUUUGACGUUUACGGCACACUCAUCGACUGGGAAACCGGGGUCCUCACCGCCCUACAACCCCUCUUGGCAUCCGACCCCGCCGGCGCCGCCCUCAAGUUGCCGAAAUCCCGCCUCCUGGAGGUCUUCCACGAGUGCGAAGCCGCGCAGCAAAGCCGGACCCCGGAUCUCAAAUACGCCGACCUGCUCGCGGCGAUCCACCCCCAAGUCGCCGCCAAACUCGGCCUUCCGGCCCCCAGCGAAACCGCCAGUGCCGCGUUCGGCGCCUCGGUAGCCUCGUGGCCCGCUUUCCCCGACACGGUGGAUGCGCUUCGACGGCUGGGGAAGCGGUACAAGCUCGUCGUGCUGUCCAACGUCGACCGGGAGUCCUUUGCCGGCACGAACGCGGGCCCGCUAGAGGGUGUCCCGUUCGAUCUCGUCCUCACGGCCCAGGAUGUGGGGAGCUAUAAGCCCGACCUGCGCAAUUUCGAGCAUAUGCUCCGUGAGGUGAAGGAGCGGUUUGGCGUGGAGAGCAGUGAGGUCAUUCAGACUGCGCAGAGUCAGUUUCAUGACCAUCACCCUGCUAGGAAGGUGGGGAUUAAGUCGAGCUGGAUUGUGAGACCGGGGGCCGUGAUGGGGAACCAGGCGGAGGAGGUUUGGGAUUGGAAGUUUGAUACAUUGGGGGGGAUGGCCGAUGCGGUUGACGCGGAGGUGAAGGCGGGAAAGUAG